CAUAGUUCGCAUACUGAAUUGAAAACCAUCACACUGUGAUAAUUAUGGCCAUCUAUCUUCUUCUCUCUUGCCAUCAGUCUACAUAGCCCUUAGGGCCUCCACAUGCUAUCCUCCCCAGUUUCUCCAAAUCGCAUGGAGCAAAAUCUCUUUGCUGAUGCAGCCAAGAAACGCAGAAAAGGCGCUACUCGCCUUUCGUGUGCAGAAUGCAGGCGUCUAAAGUUGCGUUGUGACAGAGCGAUUCCUUGUGGCUCAUGCGUGAAACGUGGCUGUGGUGCCAUCUGUCCAGAUGGUUCUUUGACAACCGGCCAGGGGAACAGAUUUGUUUUGGCAUCAACUCAAGAGCUUCACGAGAAAAUAUCAGAACUCUGUCAACGUGUCCGGGAAUUGGAAGAUGCUCUUCGACAUUCCCACUCUCUAGUGGCUGCAGACAGGCAUCCUCUAUUAGCUGACGACUUAUUGAAAAUCAAAUCACCUUUACAGCGCGAGCCCCCAAGUAACAGAAACAUGCCUCGAUGCGAAGCCAAGGAAGAAGAGCAGAACGGCGAGGUUGUUGACGCUUUUGGUUCCUUAUCGAUCAAUGCUUCUGGUGGUGCAAAAUACUUUGGCUCCAUUGCCAACUCCUGGUAUUUCUUACAGAAUGAAGCAAACGAAGAUCACGAGACUGAUGGUGAUCGUCUUGCUGCACUUCAAACCGUCCUUCCCUCCGAUAUUCUCGCACGAAGUGGCGCGUUCCCAAUUCUACCCUCAUCACACACAUCCAUUCAUGUUGAGAACGUGCGGCUAAGAACCCUCUGCUGGUACCUUCCGGAGCCUGCCAAAGCUCAAGAGAUAUGUCAGACCUACUAUCGCCUAGGUGCAUGGAUGUACAAUCCCAUAAGCCAACUGUGCUUCUACGAAGAUAUAUAUCCCCAAUUUUACACCCCCAAUGCCGGCCCGCCCUCCGAUGAUCCUCUUCUAUCACACAAAUUGUCUCUCGUCUUCAUGGUUCUCGCGAUUGGUACCCUCAUGGAUGUACACCAACCAGCCUACAAUGUCGAAGCCGAGAAAUAUCACCAAUUAGCUCGGGCUGCGCUAUUCCAGAGCUCAUUGUUCGAAGAUCCGACUAUUAAUGCCGUUCAAGCUCUUUUUCUCAUGACUUUUUACCUUUUUAUGUCGGACCGACAUGGUUCCAAUUCUGGCGCACGGUGGGCUAUUAUGGGAAUAGCUAUCAAAGUGGCGCAAAGUAUUGGCCUGCACCGAGAUCCCAGUCGAUGGGGCGUGGAUCACAAGGAGACUCUGCGUCGCAGAGAGCUCUUCUGGGAACUAUACACAUACGACUCGUGGCAGUGUCUUACCUUUGGUCGACCGGUAUCAUUCUACACGGCCCAUAUGGACUGCAAAUUGCCAUACUCAACAGAUUCGUCAGAGGAAAACAUUUUCCAUGCUUGGAAACACCGUUUCGCUUCAGAGUGCAUGAGCGUUGUUCACGACCAGGCUUUUGGUGCCAAAACACCGACGUAUGCCACAGUCCUCCAGCUUGACCGCAAACUCCGUGCCUUUCCUGUUCCCUCAGCGCUGCAGGUUGCCGGUUUUGGCGUCUCCACAGGACCGGCUGACACACAUUAUUCAGAAAGUGUGAUGCUCAUGUUGCAACGCCAUAUUGUAUUGGCUAUUCGGGAAAUGAAUCUCCUAUACCUCCACAGAAGUUUCUUUGCACGUGCCGUAACUGACCAUCCAAAAGACCCAUUGGGAAGUCCCUAUGGUACCUCGGUCAUUGCUGCUUAUCGCAGUGCGGGCUCGCUCGUUGCCCUCAUGCGCAACCUUCAUACUCAACUAAAGGAGCCGAGCGAGCGUAUCUGGUUCCUUUGGGGUCACCUGUUCUCUUGCGCUAUCGUACUAGGGUCUGUGGUGACCAGAUGUCCAUCCAUGAGUUUAGCCCCUUCGGCGUUGGUGCAAUUGGAUUCUGCUUGUGAGUUAUUCUCGAAGGCGGCUAGAGGGUUCCGUGCACAGUCCGUCUUGGAGGUGAUGCUCGGCUUGCGCGAGAAAGCUCAUCUAUGCCUCAAUGAGCAUCGGAAGGGUAAAGUUUCGCCGCUUACUCGUCAACCAUCGGAGCCAUACUCGCCGUAUGACGACGAAGAUGAACUGGCUACGCUCGGAGGGAAGACACGUUUGGUCGCGAAAAAGGAUUCACUAUCAGCCUCAUCCUCGCCCGCGGCAGUCUUUGAUCGCUCUCCCACAUCUAUGAAUCCGGUAGUUCCUCUCCCCCUCAUUUCAGGAAACGCGCAUCAAGCGGUGCAUCCGAACGUUCUGGCUUACCUACAGACUUUCCCCGCCACAGGACAAUCGCAUAACACAGGCCCGACAUAUGUAGAUUCAUCUGCGUAUAGCAUGACCCCUGUCAAAGAAAACACGCCUCAUUAUUCGGAAAAUUCAGGAUACACUGACUCUCAGGCACCGAUGCAGUCCAUGGAGCUUGUUGCAGGGCAGUUCCCCAGCUAUUUCUCUGUGUUCGAUUAUGGACUCAGUAGCGAGGCCAAUUACUCGCAAAUGAACGGGCAAAUAUCGACAGGUACACGCCGAGAGUCUCCAGAAAAUACGAUGCAUAACACUUGGCAAGAGUUUGUGGCACAAAGCGGUCUCGGGAUGGGGUCGUAGUGUUCAUGGGCGUCAGACGAAGGAGGAAAUUUCUCGUCCUGCCUAUCGUGACGCUUGGGCGAGUCCACGGGUUGAUACCGCCCGCUUCCUGCUUUUUCUGAUGAACUAUAUAUAUAUGAUAUUACAUUGGGGUAAGAUGUACAUAUACUAGGUGUCUCGUCUCAUAUACUGUUUGUCACGAUAUAGUUGUCCUUCUUGUUCUAUAGCAUUUGUACUUUGAUAUUCUUCUCAUUAGCGUUCUUGUAUGAUAUCUCAUCAUUUCUUGAUAUCUUAUGAUCUCUCACUUGGUGUCA